GAUCUCACCUUGACUCUCUGCUUUACCUUCACCACAAUUUUUCACAAUCCUUUCUUCCCUUUCAUUCGGCCACUUUCCCUUCCAACCAUGCCAGUCCUUGAAACACUUGGCGGUGCUCUGUUUGGAGCUGUUCUUCAGGUGCUAUUUGACAAGCUGGAUUCUGAUCAAGUUCUGGGUUUCUUUCGUGGGAGAAAUCUCGAAGAGAAGCUACUGAAAAAGUUAAAGAGAAAGUUGAUGGAUGUGAAUGCUGUGAUAGAUGAUGCAGAGCAAAAGCAGUUCAGUAAUUCAUUGGUCAGAGAAUGGCUUGAUGAGCUCAGAGACGUCUUGUAUGAUGCAGAGGAUCUGUUGGAGCAAAUAGACUAUGAGUACUCCAAGACUAAGUUGGAAGCUGAAUUCCAUACCAGUUCAAGCAAGGUACACAGUUUUGAAUCCAAGAUCAUAGCACUCCGAGAUGAUCUAAAAUCUCUUUUGAAACAAAAGAUUGUUGAAGAUUUCAAAAUUUGUAUUAGUGUUAGAUCUGGGUUGGGUAAUAAAGUGUCGGAGAAAAGAAAUGAAUCAUCGUCGUUGGUGGCUGAAGAGGUUAUAUUUGGUAGAGAAGAGGAGAAAGAGAUGAUCUUCAGUUGGCUGACAUCUGAGACCAAUGAUAAUAAUGUGUCAAUACUUUCUAUCGUGGGUAUGGGUGGGAUAGGUAAGACCACACUUGCUCAACAUGUAUAUGAUGAUCCAAAGACGAAGGAAGCUAAAUUUGAUGAAAAAGCUUGGGUUUGCGUUUCCGAUGAAUUUGAUGUUUUGAAGGUAUCAAAAGCAAUUAUUGGAGCUUUCACUGAAUCAAAAGAUGAUAGUGAAGACCUACAAAUGGCUCAUGGAAAAUUGAAAAAUAAAUUAUCGGGAAGGAAGUUUCUCCUCGUCCUGGAUAAUGUGUGGAACGAAGACCGAAAUCAAUGGAAAUCAUUGCAAACUCCUCUUAAAUAUGGGGCUAAGGGAAGUAAAAUUCUUGUCACAACACGCAGUAACAAAGUUGCUUCUGCUAUGGGGUCAAACAAUACGCACGAACUAAAGCAAUUAGGAGAAGAUCACAGUUGGCAAGUUUUUGCUAAACAUGCAUUCCAAGAUGAAAAUUGUGAGUUGAAGGAGAUUGGCAUGGAGAUAGUUGAAAAGUGCAAAGGAUUGCCUCUAGCCCUUGAAACGCUAGGAUGUCUUUUGCGCACAAAGUCAUCUGUUUCGGAUUGGGAAGGUGUAUUGAGAAGCAACAUAUGGGACUUGCCGAUAGAAAAUAGUAAAAUCAUGCCCGCUUUGUUGUUGAGUUACUACCAUCUUCCUUCUUAUCUUAAGAGAUGUUUUGCUUACUGUGCCUUAUACCCCAAAGACUAUAAGUUUGACAAGGAGAGCUUCAUUCUGUUAUGGAUGGCUCAAAAUUUUCUACAUUGCUCUCAAGAAAGUAAGUCUCUAGAAGAUGUGGGUGAACAUUACUUCAAUGAUCUAUUAUCAAGGUCAUUCUUUCAACAAAUAAUUACCGACAUCGAAACAUAUUUUGUCAUGCACGACCUUCUCAAUGACUUAGCAAAAUAUGUUUCUGGUGUAAUCUGCUAUAACUUAGUUGACAGAGAAGAAAGAAUAUCAAGGAAAACCCGUCACUUUGUAAUGGUAUUCGAUGAUGUUCAAUAUCAUGAGAGUUUACAUGAUGCUAAAGGGCUACGGACAUUUAUAUCCAUUUCAGAGUACUAUAUGAUUUCAAUACAAGAGUUGAUCUCCAGCUUUAAGUUCUUACGGGUCUUAUCUUUGUCUGAAUGUUCUGAGGUGCCUGACACUAUAGGGGAUCUUAUACAUCUUUGCUCGUUAGACUUUUCAGGUGCCCGCAUAUCGAGACUUCCCGACUCAAUAUCAUCACUCUAUAACUUGCAAGUUUUGAAGCUGAACGAGUGUUCCUAUUUGACGGAGUUGCCCUCCAGUUUGUAUGAACUUACCAAUUUGCGUCGCCUUGAACUUAUUGGAACUACUUUAAGAAAGGUUCCACCGCUUUUAGGAGAUUUGAAGAAUUUUCAGGUAUGGAUGGAUAAGUUUCAUGUUGGAAAAAGUUGUGAGUUCAGUAUUCACCACCUACAAGAAGUUGAUCAUCAUGGAGAGUUGUCAGUUAGAAAUCUUGAGAAUAUGGUGAACUGUUGUGCAUUGGUAGCUGAUUUCAAGAAUAAAACACAUCUUGCGGGGCUAAGAUUAGAAUGGGAUUUGGAGCGGAACAUUGAAGAUUCAACAACAGAAAGAGAAGUACUUGAGAAUCUGCAACCUUCCAGACAUUUGGAGCAGUUGUCUAUCAAUGGUUAUGGUGGCACACAAUUUCCACAUUGGUUAUGUGAUAAUUCUCUAUUGAAUAUGGUGUCCCUAACCUUGAAGCACUGUAAACAUUGCCUAUGGCUGCCUUCCCUUGGACUUUUGACAUUUCUGAAGCACUUGACUAUUGAGGACCUUGAUUGGAUAGAGAGCAUAGAUGUUGACUUUUAUGGGAAUAGCUCUUGGGCAUUUGCAUCCUUGGAAAUGUUGAGCUUUACUAAUAUGAAGGAAUGGAAAGAAUGGCGAUGUAUGCUAGGUGCUUUUUGUUGGAUUUCUUGGCAAGCGUACCAAAAGUCAACUCUAGUAUAAUGAUUUAAAGUAGGAGUGUCGAACCCACGAGGAACGGAUUCAGUGAAAAUAAUUAAU